AUGAUAUUACCACCAUCUGAUCAAAUACUCCAUUCAGUGCAAUCCAAAUAAUGGUUCAAUUCUCGAUGUCAAUCCAAAGUUAAAUUGUAGUAUUUGAAAUCAUCACGUGAAAUAAUGAAUGACAAUGUUGUCACAAACACAUUUCGUUUAAUCGACAGAGAUUAAUCAAAGACACUCGAAAUUGAAGAGUUGUACUCCAUGUUUCUCAAGAACGGCUAUCCGAUCAACAUCAAUUUGCUUAGAGGUUUUUUUGAGAAAGCAGAUAAAGACAAUAACAAAUCUAUUGAAUUAGAAGAAUUUAAACACAUUAUGUACGAUGAAUAGGCUACACAAUCUUUUAGAGAAAUGAUGAGAAAAAUGAGAGAACAAGCCAAAGAGUCCAAUUAUUAUUCUACUGACUUUGUCAGAUUGUUGAGAUAUCUCUCUUAUUGUCAGGACAGAAAUUCUUUGCAAUUUCAAAUCAAUAUUAACUUAUCUCAAUUGAUCUAGCUCAAUCAUCAAUACAACUAAGAUUAAUAAAUGAGCGAUGAAUAAUUACAACCGAGACCAUACAAAAAGUAAAAUAAUGAAAGGAAAAUCUUACCACCUUUACAUAGACAUUAUGUUGGCAAUUCAAAUCCAUCUUACAUUGCUUAAUCUUAACUUAAAUUGAACUUAAGUGAUGUACAGAAGAAUUCAGCCUUAUCUAUUCCAUCUUACAAAUCCCCUCAAAACACAGACAGAUUUAGCAAGUAAUCCACAAUCAAAUGUCAAAAUUAUAUAAGAAUCAAUAAUAAAAUAUUUAGUAAUAAUAAAAAAUGAAUGUCUUAUUAAUUUUAUUUAUUUAUUAUUAUACCACCUCUA